AUGUCUGCGCCUGGCGGCGCUCCCAGUCCUGCGCCGCGCAGCGGCAGCAUGGGACCUGGUGCGAAUGGAGGAAACAUGUCUAUGUCCUCCCAGCAGCCCUUGUCGGGCACUCCGGUUCAGCAUCCAUCCACUCCAGGUCCGCCUCCGCCCCAGAGCGGUGCGAUGUCGCAACAGAAUCUAAACCAGAUAGUUAUCGAUUAUCUUGCAAAGAAAGGUUACAGCCGCACUGAGGCUAUGCUCCGCAUGGAGUCUGCUAACCAGGAAAUCGACGGACGUCCCUUGCCUCCUCUUGCGGAAGAUGCCCGACCCAAGUUUAACCAAGGCUUCGAUCUUCUCAAGACUUGGGUUGAAGAAAACCUGGAUCUUUACAAGCCGGAGCUGCGUCGAGUCUUAUGGCCACUUUUUGUCUACUCGUUCCUGAACAUGAUUACGUCCUUCUAUCCUAAAGAUGCUAAACAGUUCUUUGAGGCCCACAAGAACAUGUUCCUUCCGGAGCACACGGACGAUAUCCGUAUCUUCGAACCCAUCAGUUUGCCCGAGCAUGUUCAGGACAACUCAACCGCAAAUCUCUACCGAAACAACAAGUACCGCGUUGUCUUGAGUAACCCAGCAUACACCAACCUUCUUCAAUUCCUGGAGAGCAAGGAGAAGGAGGGGGGCUCUGUUAUGAAUGCCAUUUUGAGCAGCUACUGCACCAUCAAGACUAUGGACCGCUCUGCCGAUGAUCGAUUCAGCUUUGCUGCCAUGCUUGGGCAAAUCGGAGCGGGCCAGUCAUUCCCUUCCGAAGAUGAAGGUAUUCCGGGUCAUCACCCGGGAUCAGCUUACACUGGUGAUAACCCGGCUAUGGCGGGAACCCUGCCGAGACUGAGACUAGGCAAAUUGCCGAUGGAGCAGACUCUGGAAGAGGAUGUCCGUGCGGAAUUGGCCGAGGAGGAUUCCAAGGAACCUCCCUUCGAAGGCAAGAACACUCUUGUUCAAGAAUUUGACCAGAUGAUCAAAAAGGAGGACGAGGAAGAGGCACCGACCCGUGCAGACAUUCCUUUUCCCCCUUCCAUUGCUCGGGAUGUAGCUAUUGAAGUCAUGAAAGUUAAGGAAAACCGGGAUCGGUACAAGCUCGACGGCCGCACUGGUGGCGUGGGACCUGGCGUCAGCGUCUGCAUGUUUACCUUCCACAACACUUACGAAGGUAUCAACUGCAUCGACUUCUCAGAUGACAAUAUGCUCGUUGCGGCAGGAUUUUCGCACUCCUACAUCCGAGUCUGGAGUCUCGAUGGUAAGAACAUCGAGGCCGCAUUCCCGGACCUGGAUGACAACCCACCGGCCAACUCCCGACGACUUAUCGGACACUCUGGGCCUGUGUAUGCUGUGGCCUUUGCGCCUUCUGCCCCAAAGAAUGAAAGCGUUUCCAACGAGGACUACGUGCCGACCAAUACUCGUUGGCUGCUCUCGUCUUCCGCUGACAAGACCGUCCGUUUGUGGUCGCUCGAUACCUGGACAUGCAUGGUUGUCUACAAAGGCCAUGAUCGCCCGGUUUGGGACCUUCGCUGGGGGCCUUUCGGACAUUAUUUCGUGACCGGUGGCAAUGACCGCACCGCUCGUCUCUGGGUCACAGAUCAUAUUCGUCAGCAACGAAUUUUCGCGGGCCACGACCAAGACGUGGACACCGUUUGUUUCCACCCUAACUCCGCAUAUGUGUUUACCGCUAGCUCUGAUCACACGGUUCGCAUGUGGGCUGUCACUACCGGUAACGCUGUGCGUAUGUUUACCGGCCACACCGGAAACAUCACCUCCAUGGAGUGCAGCCGUGAUGGAAAGAUUCUUGCGUCGGCUGAUGACCAGGGAUCCAUUUUCCUGUGGGACCUGGCUCCGGGUCGCUUGCUGAAGCGCAUGCGCGGUCACGGCAAGGGUGGCAUCUGGUCUCUGAGCUGGAGUGUUGAGUCGACUGUUCUCGUGUCUGGCGGAGCCGAUGGAACCGUGCGUGUGUGGGAUGUGGCCGCGCCUCAAGACCCCGGACGUGUGGUCGGCGAAGGAGGUGCUGGUGCCAAGCUGGAUGCCACCGGUAACGCUCCGGCCAGCACCGCGGGUCAGAGCAAGAAGAAGAAGGGAAAGGAUGUAGUGGUUACGCCGGACCAGAUUAGCGCUUUCCCUACCAAGAAAAGCCCCGUGUACAAGGUCAAAUUCACCAACAUGAACCUGAUUGUGGCCGGCGGAGCGUACUGCCCUUAG